AUGGACAGACAAAGAUCCAAUACUCUCAAGGGUGUGGGAGAUGGUACGAAAUGGCUGGUCAUCAAAACUGAAAGGGGAGGAGUUUGCCCCCUACUGUAUGAGGUGAGGAAACAUGAACUCAGUAUCCAGAAUGGGUGUGUGUUAUGGGGCUUGAGAGUGAUUGUGCCAAAUCCAGGUCAAGACAAUGUUAUGAGGCAGCUUCAUCAGUGCCACCCUGGAGUGUCCAGAAUGAAGGCACUGGCUAGGAGUUAUGUAUGGUGGCCAAAGUUGGACAAAGAGGUGGAGGAUACUGUAAGGGGCUGUACAACAUGUCAAGAGCAUCGCAACAUUCCUGCACCAGCUCCAUUACACCCCUGGGAUUGGCCUGACAAACCGUGGAGCCGUAUCCAUGUGGAUUAUGCUGGACCAUUUAUGGAAAAAAUGUUUUUUGUGCUCAUUGAUGCACAUUCAAAGUGGAUGGACGUGUAUCCAGUGAACUCUGCCACUUCAGCCACCACAAUCGAGUGCCUGCGUACAAGUUUCAGUAACCAUGGACUGCCUGAGUUGUUGGUGUCUGAUAAUGGCACUUGUUUCACCAGCACCGAGUUCAAAGACUUCUUGAACAAAAAUGGUAUCCGUCAUGUGACCUCUGCACCCUACCAUGCUGCCAGUAAUGGGUUAGCAGAGAGAGGGGUACAACCAUUCAAGAGAAUGAUGAAAAAAUGUCCAGAAGGCACACUGACAGCUAAGGUAGCCAGAGUGUUAUUUAGCUACAGAGUGACUCCUCACACUACAACAGGUCUAUCCCCAGCAGAGCUGCUUCUCGGGAGGAAGCUACGUUGCACCCUGGAUUCAAUCCGCCCAGAUCUAGGUAGGAGAGUGAAGGGAAACCAAGAAAGACAGAUAAAAGAUCACAACAAGAAGGCAAAAGGAUGCUGGUUCAACACAGGAGACUCAGUGCUGACCCAGAACUUCAGUCUAGGACCUAAGUGGAUCCCGGGAAUUAUUGAGUCGGUGACUGGACCAGUGUCAUACAAAGUGAUGCUGGGUGAUGGGAGAGUAGUGAGGAGACAUGUGGACCAGAUUCACACUCACCACCAGAGACCAGGAAAUCGCAACAGCAACCAACCAGCUGGCUCUAUUCAGUCAAGUCAGGUCGACGAAAAAAAUGACGCAUGGCUGGAAGCUGAGGAAGUGCUACUCAGUAGUGACAAGUUGGAGGAUCCAGCAGCUGUUGAAGCUGUAGGGAGCUCAGAGACUGAACAAAGAACUGUAACAAAUGCAACUCCAGUAAGGAGAAAGUCAAAAAGGGAAACUAAGUUGCCCAGUUACCUUAAAGAUUUUCAGUUGAACUAA